AUGCGUUUUUCCUCCCUCACUAUCCUCACCCUGGCCUCUGUCGCCGCCGCCACCGAUCUCAAGACCUGGGAUGACGUGGUGGGCGACGUGCCUCAGUGCAUCAAGACGUGUAUCAACGACUUCUACAACACCUCCGGCCUCAAAUCCAAGUGCGGAAGCGCCGACACAGCCACUGUGAACUGUGUCUGCACGGUCAAGGAUACAAUGUCAAACAUCAACAGUGAGGCCAACGACCUGAGCACCUGUAUUCAAGACGGCUGCAGCUCCAGCGAACUGGCGGAUGCUCUCACAAAGCUCGAGGAUUUCACGUCUCGGUUCGACAACCUCUCGACUCAGUGCUCUGCGAAAGACUCCUCCAAUGGUGCUAGCUCGGUGGUUCCCGGAUUCAACGCAAUGCUCGCCUCUGGAGCUCUGCUUCUGGCUGGUGCGGUCCUUUAA